GAAAGAGCGGAAGGAGCGUGAUGUCACUGUAAAAAUUUAUUGUUUCUUGCCUUACAUUGAACGUCCUGCCCGAGUUCGCACAUCAACCAGUCGCAAAGUGAAAUUGCAAGGUAGAAAUAUAUUUGAAUUUGGGCAGACUAACUCCGCAGGUUACUCCGCACGGCGCCAAACAUGGGAAGCAAUUUUUCAAAGGAGGACUGCUUUCACUUCCCAACCAUGGACAAACGGAAUCUGGACACUCUGAGGGACUAUGUGCGUAACUACAACCCUCCUGAGGGCUGUGGAGGCUGUAUAAACAUCCUACUCUUCGGCAUGGUGGGGGCUGGGAAAUCAUCGAGCAUCAACACAUUCCUCUCCGCUCUGGAUCCACAAGGAGCGAGCACAACCUGUGUCCCGACGGGGACGAGUCCGCAGUCUCUCACACCAGAGCUCAGGUCCUACAGAGCAGAGAAGAUAAAAUUUUGGGAUACUGCUGGAUGGAAUGCAAUGCAGACAACGGAGCAGGCAAAGAGAGUGUUAUGCAUGAUCCUGGAAGGAAGAGUUCCCAAUGGAACAGACUUACACAGUUUCAACCCUAACUCAGAUAUUUCCAGCUAUCCCGUUAUUCCGGAAAAUGUAAUUCAUGGAGCCAUGCUCUUAUUUGACAUCAACACCAUGGACGUCAUCAGUGAUGAUAAAAUGAAAGCGUUUCAAGAGUUGGAGACAACCGUGGCACAGAAGUAUGCUUACAGGGUUGUGGUUGCAACCAAGUUUGAAAAUUUAGGGAUAGAAGAGGAACACAAUGCAUGGAUUUAUGAAUACAUGCCACUACAGAAGAAGUUUCAGAAUUUGGCAGAACGCACAGGGAUGGAUAGGCGUUCCAUGUUUGUGAUUUCGAAUCAGUGGAAAGGUGGUCAGAUUGAGAAGAUAAAAUGCAUCCUGGCCCUAUAUGUUCUGGAUAAUAUGGUCAGAAACAUUGAUCGAUUUUUCAAAACAGUGUAAUGAUCACAGCUGACCUUGUCCAGUGCUGAGAAUCCGAUCCAGUUUCAGGAGCACAGACACUGCUAUGGGAUUGAUUUUUCUAUUGUUUCCCCUGUAGUUUUAGUAUACUUGCUUAUAUAUUAGUACAAUCAACUGUUUGCCUGUAGACAUUUAUUAACUUGUUGUAUAAUUGCUUCUAUUAUUCUUUAGUUUCUUUCCCUGUAAAGCUGAAGAGGGAAUCACUUUCUCAAAUAAACUGGCCGAGACCACUUGGCAGAAUAAA